CCCUCCCCUCCUCCGUGUGGGCAGCCCUGCCUGGGAGCCGAUCCCGACAGCGGGGAACGUCCCAGGGCGAGUUCGCAGAGACUGCCGCUCUUCUCCGUCCCGCUCUCCUGCUGCCUUUAGGGCCUUAGGCUCGCUGCCUUAAGAAAUGGCCGAGGAGUCCAGCAAAGCCGUUAAGUACUACACGCUGGAAGAAAUCCAGAAGCACAACCACAGCAAGAGCACCUGGCUGAUCAUACACUACAAAGUGUACGAUUUGACCAAAUUUUUGGAGGAGCAUCCUGGUGGGGAGGAAGUCUUAAGGGAACAAGCUGGAGGUGAUGCUACUGAAAACUUUGAGGAUGUUGGACACUCUACAGAUGCGCGAGAAUUGUCCAAAACGUUUAUCAUUGGAGAGCUGCACCCAGAUGACAGAGCAAAGAUAACCAAGCCUGCGGAAAGUAUUAUUACUACCAUUGAUUCUAAUCCCAGCUGGUGGACCAACUGGCUGAUCCCAGCUAUCUCGGCACUGGUUGUAGCCCUGAUGUAUCACCUCUAUACUUCAGAAAACUAAACGCAUUCUCAGAAGCCAGUGGAAGAAAAGACUGCUUUGGUCCGGGGAGAAAGAAGCCACCACUCUUAACUUUGACUGACAGAACCCUUCACCUGAAUA